AUGGGGCGUGAUCACAAGCGUGCUCGUACUCAGCCUCGGGAGCAAAUGAUGUUGAACCCCAUGAUGAUGAACCCUGCGAUGAUGAUGAACCCUAUGUUGGCUGGCAUGGGCAGCAUGAUGCAGCCACCACCCCAGCGUGGACAGGCUCAGGCUGAGGAGUCGUCAUCUUCGGAUGAAGGCCAAGGUCAGAGUGCACCAGCGUCCUCAGCAGCUCCAACCAUUCCCAAGACAGGUGGAGAAGCUGUGGUCCCACCUGUGACCUUGUUGAUGGCAUUGCCUGUCAGCUGUGAGAAGACUUGGGGUCGCUCUGUGAGCAUGCUGAGGCAGGUUCCCCGGAACCGAUUGGCUAUGUGCCUGAACUCGAUUUGCUUAGACUUAGACCCAACUGCAACGUCAAACCUGAGCAUUGUGGGUCUCCUUGGUCUUUUGUGGCUGUGGUGCCGGCUUCGCCCUAACCUGAGAGUGUGUGACCUUGGCCACUUGGACCUUCAUGGUUGUGAGACAUACCAGGAGCUUGCUGAGAAGUUCAUGACUGCGCAUUUGCGUGUCAGGAAGUCAAUGACUGAUGCACGAUUUCAGGAUGAGAUCAUGUCCCGGUUGCCACUUGACAUGGGUGACUCGGAUGUGUUGAUGAUUGCUGGUGCCUUUGGCUGGUCUUCCGAGUUCAUGGCCAAAGCAACCAGCAAACGAAGUCUCGCCAAAGCGGCUGUGAAGUCCAGUGGGCACAUUGGGAACUUGUUGGCCAAAGCUGCCCCACCUCCUCCAAAGGCCUUGGCUACUACCAUGAUUCCUGCUGCUGUGUUUGCCACGUCGCCCAAAGCCGUGUCGCCUCCAAAGGCGCCUCCGCCAGCUGUGCCAGCUGCUGCCUCGACCCCUCCGCCCCGGGCAUCAGUGGUCUACCCGAAGGCCACAUCCAGCCCGCCAAAGGCAUCCCCUCCACGUCUCAGCUUGGGUCAGGCAAUGGAUGCAGCAGCUGAAUCUGCCAGUGGUCCUGAGUCCAACGAGGUUGCAGGUGGAUCAGCUGUUGAAGGUGAAUCAGGUGAGGGUGGAGCAGCUGCUGAGCCACCAGCUGCUGGGGUUGUGGCUGGCCCAGUAUGUGCCAUUUGUCAUGAAGUGAUGUUGCAGUCGGAGGAUGGAGAGACCCUUCCUUGCCCACGCCCCCAUACCUUUCAUGCCCGUUGCCUCAAUGAGUGGCGUGAAGUGACUGGGGUUCCAAAUCACCAUUGCCCAUACCGUUGCCAUGAGUCUAACCAGAAUGUGGAGCAGGCCGGCGUGACCACUGCGGCUGAGAAUGGUGUCUCUGAUGAAGCUGGUGAUUCUGCUGGUGAUGUGGCUGAGGAGCCGGUUGCUUUCAUGUGA